UAUUAACGAACUCAAUGGAUAUGUCGGCUUUUAGUGCACACGUUUUGCAUUGUCGUACACUUUGGACUGAGAGGACAGUGCAGUGUGAACGACUUACAUAGUUUGACAUAGCAUACUGAUAUUUUUGUCGCAUCGAAAACAAGUUCAGUGAUUCAGUGUCGGCCACCGUUCCGUACGAGACGGUGCGUGACCUGUUUGAAGCUUAAAAUCAUAAUUAAAAGUGACUAAGGAAUAAUGAAAGGUUUUAUCUUUUGUUUAUUAUUCGUGUCGCUAACGAAAACUAGCUUUCAAAAGUCAACACCCCAGGAUAGCCAGUACGUAGCAGCGGCUGUUGAAUAUAUCGUGUCAGGUGAUGUCGAUCAAAAUAUCCGUAACUACGUUCGUUACAUUGAGGAAGCUGCUAAACAGAAUGCGGACAUCAUAGUUUUCCCCGAACUGACCCUGACCAACAGAAGCACAAGUUUUGUAGCGCCGUUACAUGGUAUUUUAAAACAAUACCCGAUACCUGCAUUACAUCCGAACUUAUACGAUAACAUUAUGGUGUCAAUAUCGGCGGCUGCAAGAACUAAUCAAAUCUACGUUGUGGUCAAUGGCCGAGAGCUCAUGGACUGCACUAAGAAUGACACCGGCGAACCUUGUCCGGAGCUGAAGGAGUAUAUCUUUAAUACAAACGUUGUGUUUGAUAGGAACGGAGCGGUUAUUGAUCGGUAUCGCAAGAUCAAUCUUUUCGGGGAAAGUUCGCACACGCCUGCUCUGACGCCGGACUUGGGCUACUUCGAAACCGAUUUUGGGGUUAAAUUCAGUCACUUCAUCUGCUUCGACUUAAUGUUUCAAGUGCCAGCGGUGCAGUCCGUGCAAAAACUGAAGGUCACCGAUGUAUUGUUUACCACAAUGUGGUUCUCCGAAUUGCCUUAUUUAACCGCUGUGCAAAUACAAGAGGCCUAUGCUUACGAAAUGAACAUAAAUUUCAUUGCGGCCGGCGCGAACAAUGUCAGGAUCGGUUCUGCAGGAUCGGGAAUAUAUUCUGGACGAGCUGGCGCGUUGGUUAGCAUCAUGCCAGGAGUGCCGACCACGCGCCUUCUCGUCUCCAGAGUACCGAAAAUUCCCGGACAAAUUUCCGGACAAUACCCUGGGCCGAUUUAUGACAAUCCAUCAGAUCACGACAAUUUGAAACUGAUCACCGAUCCAUCUUUGGUCUCGCACGUCAGCAAGUUACUCGUGCCCGGCUUCCAGGAGUUUACGCUCACGGAUAAAGACGUCAGCUGCACGUUCAGAGUUAGGCUGAACUACGGAACAGGAGAGACGUUCCCACAUUUCCGGGCCGUGGUGCAAGAUGGCGCUAACAUCUACGCUCAUCGUGAAAUAGGCGUCGCCGCUUGUUCGGUGGUUGCUUGUUCUAAUAACGAGUUUAAAAGCUGCGGAAGAAGAUAUAAACAUGAAAAAGCGAACGUUGAAAUUGAAGAUUUGGCAAUCAAGAUGACAACAUAUAGCAACACUCACAACACAACUUUACAAUGCGAUAAUGUUGUAUAUUACCCUGUUUCUUUCGGGGAAAAAAAAUUUCCACUCGACACUAAAAACUAUACGUUCACCAAAGAAAAAUCACAGGACAAAGACUAUAAAACAGGAAAUCGAUGGCACCUUCUAUUUCAGUUGAACAAGCCACAGAAGGACUUAAUGGCUUUUGGAAUUUGGGGCAGAUUAUAUUUAAGAGAUGUCACCCAUAAGCAACAUGUGACUAAUGAAGAUAUAGAUGAUUUUGAAAAUAUUUUAGAUUUGAUUUAUGGGAAAAGAAACGAAAUAUCAAAUGAAGUAAAUGCUAUCGGAAACGAUAAUGACAAAUACGAAAUCGAAGAAUCCUAAGUUUGAAUAAAAUACAUAUUCUACCUGUAAUUACCUAACAAUUCAACUCAUCUUAAGUGACCUUAAAUUUAAUUUUAAGAAAUGUAAUUUGUGAAAAUUUAAAUAAAGAAUUUUGAUCUCUCGGGUA